AUGGCGUCGUCGGUCGGCGGUGGCGCCGCCACGGCCAAGCACCCAAGGGUGCUGCUGCCGUUUACCUGCGACGCUCUGCGCAUCCCCGAAGAGCUUGCCGCGGAAAUCGGCGCCAGGGAGGCCCUCGUCGUCGGCCCCUCCGCCGGCAAGGUCAAGCUCUGGCGCGUUGAGGUCGGGUGGGACGGCGACGGCGCGUUCCUGGGGCGCGGGUGUCUGGAGUUCGCGGAUGCGUGCGGCGUCGACGCCGGGUGGCUCUUGGUCCUCCGGCACCGCGGCCGGGGCGUGCUCACCGUCAAGGUGUUCGACGCUAGCUGCAGCAGCCUGCAGCCGCGGUUGAGGCAACCACAAGUGGCCAAGGCACCCCUAAUACCUGCUAAGUUUAUGCAACAGUACAUCCCCAAAGAGCACCUGAACAAUCGUACAGCCAUUAUUUUCGGCCCCCUUGGUAAAGUUCCUCAUAUUGAGAUCGAGAUGAAUCAGUCAGAUGUGUUCUUCUCAGGUGGCUGGUCACAGUUUCUGGUGUUACAUGACAUCACUGAAUCUAAUGCUCUGCUGCUGAGGUAUGAAGGCAACAUGGUGUUCACAGUCAAAGUGUUUGAGCCUGAUGGAUACCAGAGAGAGUCCAAGACCAAAGACAUCAGAAUGCAGCAAAUAUCAACAUUAUCAGAUAUUGAAGAGAAGCAGGAAGCACCAUCAAUUUCCAUUCAGAAGCAUUACAAGAAUGAUUUGUCAAGCAACGAUGGAGUAAAGAAACCAAAAGGCCCUGUGAUGCGUUUGACCAAGGCACCAUUUUGGAUAAAAUCUGUGUUUGAGGUUGGGCCGUCAUCAUGGAUAAAGAAGCAGGUCAACGCCAACACUCUUCGUGAACUUGUAAGACCAUUUCCCUAUUGA